AUGCAACAAGUCGUCCCUGCCGCCGCCCUGCACAAGCUUCACCUGGCGCUCACGGCGGACGGGGGCGCCGGGGAAUCGGGUGGGGUGGGCGGGGGCGGGGGUAUGGCGAUUGCCAUGGCGGACGGGUACAGGCCCUCGCCGUACCUGCAGGAGGUGAUGGAGGUGCUGGAGGACACAAAGGGGUGCUGCGUUGAGAUCAGCACGGCUUUCAACUUGAACUUACCAAGUAAAAGCAACAACAACAACGACGACGAGGACGACAACGGCAGAAAAAACAGCGACAACCCCACCGCCGCAAAUACUGUGAUACCUCAGGCAAGCCAACCGUGGCUAGAGGCCCAGGAGGCCAAGAACCUCCCCCUCCCUCCUCUAGCGCACGCCGCGGAGCAAGCCAUGCAGGCCCAGCCAAACGGCAAUGGUGACGGACGAGCAGCCGGGAGCAAGAAUAACGACAGCAGCAGCAACGGCAGGGACGAGGGUGACGGCGAGGCAGAGAGGCUCAGGGCGCGCGAGAAGAUUCUGAGCGACAGCCUGUUCAGGGAGUUCGACAAGAAAACGCGCACCAGGCCGUACCAGGACAUGCUGGCGAAGCGGUCGAAGCUUCCCGCCUACGAGAUGCGGGACCACAUCGUGCGUACGGUCAGGAAUGCGCAGGUUGUCGUCGUGUCCGGAGAGACCGGCUGCGGGAAGACGACGCAGGUCCCCCAACUCGUCCUUGACACGAUGAUCAUGGAGAAGGAGGGUGCGUCCGCCAACAUCAUCGUGACUCAGCCGAGGAGGAUCUCUGCGGUCGGAGUGGCCGAGCGAAUCGCGGCCGAGCGGGCCGAGAGGAUUGGGGAAACCGCCGGGUACCAGAUCCGGCUGGAGUCGAAGCGGAGCAAGGCCACCAGGCUGCUGCUCUGCACGACGGGUAUCCUCCUGAGGAGGCUGCAGGUGGACCCCUGGUUGGCCUCCGUCAGCCACGUCUUCGUCGAUGAGGUGCACGAGAGAGACUUGGACACCGACUUUCUACUCAUCAUCCUCAAGGGCCUGCUGGCCAAGCGCCCCGGGCUGAAGCUCGUGCUCAUGAGCGCCACCCUCAACGCCGACAUGUUCAGCGACUUUUUCGGAGGUGCACCGGUGGUGGAAAUCCCGGGGCGAGCCCACCCAGUGACCCCGUUUUUCCUGGAGGACGUCUUGGAACGUACCGGUUACGUGGUGGACCCGAAGGGCGACUUCGCCGUCAAGGGGUCGAAAGGAGGCGGCGGUGGCGGCGGUGGGGGAGGGGGGAGGGUUAGUGGGAUGAAGCCUGGCGACUGGGAGUGUCCUUCGUGCGGAAACAACUGCUUCGCGAGCAAGUCGGCCUGCUACAGGUGUGGCACCGCCAAGCCUACCCCGGGGGGUGCCAAACCCAAAGGAAAGAACGGUUCUCGGAAUGGUCCUCAGAACGCACCUUCUACGGCAGGACAAGGGGCAGGAGCCGGGUCCGGUGGUGGGUCAGUGGGCGGGGGGGCAGAACGGCCGACGAUCGGCGAGAUCAAGAACCGGUAUGCCGGUUUCAGCGACCACGUUCACCAGAGCCUGCUGGUGGUGGACGAGAGCAUGAUCAACUACGAGGCGAUCUCGAGCCUGCUCGAGUACAUUACCUACAACUUUGAAGAAGGGGCCAUCCUCGUCUUCCUGCCGGGACUCGCCGAGAUCACCAAGAUGCUCGAGGCGCUCGCCGGGAACCCACUUUUCAACGACAAGGAAAAGACUCGAGUGUACCCGCUUCACGGGUCCCUGUCAACCUCGGACCAGAAGGCCAUUUUCGAGGUGCCCCCCAAGGGAGUGCGGAAGAUCGUCGUAUCGACGAACAUCGCCGAGACGUCCAUCACCAUCGAGGACUGCGUCUUCGUCGUCGACAGCUGCAAGGUUAAAGGCACGAUAAUGACGCAGAAACAGAGCUGUAGUAGAGAGAACCGUUUCGAUGACGCCAAUAUGAUGCCCAUGCUGCUGGAGUGCUGGGUGUCCAAGGCCUCCGCCAAGCAGAGGAGAGGGCGAGCCGGCCGCGUGCGCCCCGGCGUGUGCUUCCACAUGUGCUCGUCCGGCACGUUCCAGGACACAAUCAGCGAGUUUCAGCUGCCGGAGAUGCUCCGAGUUAGCCUCGACGACAUGGUGCUGCAGAUCCUGCUGCUGGACAAGGGGGAUCCCGCGGAGUUUCUCGCCUCUGCGGUCAACCCCCCCACCGAGCUGGCGGUGGCUAACUCUAUCAAGUACCUCUGCGAGCUGCAGGCGACUCAGCUCGACGAGGACGACAAGCCGGUGCUGACCGCGCUGGGCUUUCACCUCGCCACGCUUCCGGUUGAGCCGCGCGUGGGCAAGAUGAUGCUCUACGGCGCCAUAUUCGGCUGCGUCGAGCCGGCCAUCACCAUCGCCGCCGCCAUGAGCUGCCGAAACCCCUUCGUCGCACCGUUCGACAAGUAUGCUGUUUUUUUUGUUUCUGGAGAAAGCAAGGGCUGCUGUGUGAUAGUGUUUGCGCUCGUAGGGUUCUGAGACAACUGGUAUCUCCUUGUGCAAAACGAUGUUGCUGACUUACAGGGUUAUGGAUCGACCUAAUUUCCAACAACACGACCCCAGCGUGAACGUCCUGUCCUUGGUGAGUCCUACAACAACUAUUAAUUGUACCUCCGUGUGGCAUCUAGGCCAUUGACUUCGCAUCCCUACAAUGCCGGGGCGGAUUGAGGGGGAGGGGGGGUGUAC